CAUGGUGUGCCCUAUUCCUUUACUGCACCAGAGAAGUAACAAUCUUAUGGGUGAUCUACACAAAACUCAUAAUUCUGCGUCGGCCACGGAUGGACUCUCUGCAACUUCAUUUAUAGAAUAUCCAAAGUACAAGCCAUUUAUUAAUUCAGAUUUGCUGCGCUCCCCACAGAAACCAGUAAUUCCAUAUCCUGAAAGCAACAGCAGAGCAAUAUUUUCUGCUCUGAAGAAUCUUCAAGAAAAAAUUCAUCGACUGGAGUUGGAACGGCUUCAGGCGGAGGAGAAUGUAAAACACCUCAGCAGAGAAACAGCAGACUAUAAAAAAGUGUUAAGUGAACAAAUGCAACACAAAGAGCAUGACAAGACUGAAGUGUCAAAGAAAAACCAAGAACUGGCUUCUCAGCUGGCAGCUGCUGAGUCUCGGUGCAGCCUGUUGGAGAAACAGCUGGACUACAUGAGAAAAAUGAUCCAGCAUGCAGAAAAUGAGAAGUCGCAUCUCCUGGAGAAACAGGGUUCGUUGGAGCGAGAUCGGCUUCUUGAUCAGUCACAUGUUCAGUCUAAAUUGGAAAAGCUGGAUAUGCUGGAAAAAGAGUACAGCAGACUUACUAUGAUGCAGUCCAUAGCAGAGAAAAAAAUGAAAGAGCUGGAACAGAAGCUUCAGGAGGAGGAACACGCGAGGAAGCUUGUUCAGGAAAAAGCAGCUGAGCUUCAGACAGGCCUGGAAACCAACAGACUACUGAUUCAAGCAGCAUCACCAUUGCUUUCUCCAAAAGCAAGAAAACCCAGGAAGAAAACUAAGCAGCCAGAGAAGAAAUGCUCUCUUGCGAGCAACCUCACUACGCAGCCCCAUUACCGACUGUGUCUGGGUGAUGUACCCUUUGUAGCUGGGAAGUCUACCAGUCCCAGUCAUUCAGUUGGCGCCAACGUGCAACAUGUUCUACACCUGAUGAAACAACACACAAAAGCUCUGUGUAACAGUCGUGUGGUAAAUGAUACUCCACUGGCAAAACCCAUCAGUGCUGCUCAUCCUGCCAGCACAAACAGGAAGUCAUCGCUGCCAAAGGAAUCUUCUUCAUCCCAGGAAGAGCUCUCAGAAGUGCUGCUAACUUUACAAGACGAAUUUGGGCAGAUGAGUUUUGAUCACCAGCAGCUGUCAAAGCUUGUCCGGGAAGCCCCAACCAUUGCGGUGAGGGAAGAUCUGGAGAGGGAACUCGAGGCGCUAGUGGGAAAGAUGGAAGCAAAGGCAGACCAGAUCAGCAAAGUCCGGAGGCAUCGGUUGCAGCUAGAGAGACUUAAGAGAGAAUGCAGGUCCAAAAAGACUUCUACUAAACAAACAAAAGACAGCAGGUUCCCCGUUAGUGAGGUUAAAGUAACAACUACAGUAACCACAAAAGGAAAGAAUGCCGGUCCCAUCAAAGUGAAACCUGGAGAGAAGAGUCGGAAAAAUCUUCAGUUGCUGAGAGACAUGCAGACCAUACAGACUUCACUACAGAAAGACGAUAUCAGCUGGGACUACUGACUGUUCUGCAGGAAAUGUUCUUGACACCAUCCUGGUCAAAUUGCCUCACGUUCUGGAUAUAAAGCAGCUGCCUUCCUUGCUGUGUGAAAGAGACUACUGUAUGCUGACUGCACUUUUGGACUACAGGCCCUGAAUUCUCCAUCCCUGGGUUUGAUUAUUAUGGUCUCAUUUAAAACACAUUCUAUUUUUAAGGUACCCGGUCACUGAAUCUGAACAUAGGUCUCCCCAGCAGUUCCUUUCGUGCUACAGUGCCAGCAGUCCUUCAGUUUUCUUUCAGCACACCGAGCACCACGCGCUCACGUGGGUUGGCCUGUGCGAAAUGCCGGUGUGAUCUCGCGCUACUGCUGAGCCGUGCGUCGGGAGGCUUCUCGAGAUGCAUCGUGUUGAAAGCGAUGCUGCGACCCCCGGUCUCGAGGGCUUUUGUCAGUUCUGUUCCGUGGCAGCUGCGAUUACUCAAGCCCCGAGAGUGUCUGGCGGAGAACAGGUAAACCCGUUGCAGGUGUUCUGCGGAGCGCUCCUCAAAAAAGCUUUCCCAGUUCUUGUUCUGCUACACUGCCUUGGUCAGCACUAAUGGCGAUGGAUGUUUGAGUACUCAAAAAAGGAGUAGAAUAACUUUUUCUGAAUUAUUUUGCUUAAUGAUUGACUCAAUUCUUUUCAGGUCUGAAGAGUAAAAUUUUUCCACAGAAAUCCUACUUUAUGAAAAAGCUGCAGGAUGGGGGGUAACAUCCCAUCUCCUAGUCCACAGCUAUGGGUGGUAAAGGAGCGAGAUAACCACGAGUGUUUUAACCUGCAAGUGCCUCAAUCAUGCUAUUCAGUCCUGGCAUCUUGCUUUUAACUUGAAACAUGUGCUUUGAUGAGCUCUCUAUCUACUGUGGUAGUGGUGCGAUUCAUUUUGCACUCUGACUUGCACAGCUGAGUAAAUGUUAUUUAUUAUGUUAAUAAUGUAGAGACUUUCCUAUUAAUGGAAGGUAUAGAAGACCCAGAUGACCCGUUUUAUAGAGUUGAAAAAUAAUAAAGCCAGCUUGCCUGUUGAAUGAACUAUGGGAAAACUGCACUUCCUCUGAAUUAACGCAGUGUUUGCAGGUGUGCUGCCUGUGGUGACGUGACAUCCCCCCGGUCAGGGUGAUGGCUCUGAGCUGCUAGCAAGCUGCAGGUAGGGCGAGGCUCAGAGCUGCCCAGCCUUGCCUGUAGCAAGGGCAGGGAGCGGUGGGGUCAGCACAGACAGAAGGGAUUUGAGUUUUGAUUACCUGCAGGUGAUCCACCCUGCUUGCAGGCGAGGCACAGGCUGUGAGGGGCAAAGUCAGAAGCUGUUACUCAGGCCUGGAGCCAUCCCCCUUUACUUCAUCUAUGUUAGAGACGAGGGCUCUGGGUAGCUGGAGCAACUGCGUGGUGAGCAGCUCAUCCCCGAGGUUCCUGAAGGUCAGCACCUGAAACUACACUCAGGAAUUUUGCUUGGGAAGGGCCUCUGGGGAUCAGCUUGCCUGAAGAUGGGGUAACUUCAGCAUUACCUCAGGCUGUCCUCACCCGGCCUCUUAUGAUGGAGGGCUUAGGAGUAUUUUUGGCUCCAUAUGUGCUGCACGCAGUGAAGAAGGUGCCCAAGGUGGAAUUAAGCCUACUGGGGGGCGAAAGCAUCAAUGAGCGGGCAUUGAGGUGAUACCAUGUCAUCCCAGUGAAUUUGGGCUUAUGAGUUGCACAGAAAAAUGUGGAUCUUCCUUUUACACAGA